GUCAGCUAUUGGCCGCCACAACGGAAAUCUGAAAACAGCUGCUGGUUUGGGUCAAACUCAAACCGGACUUGCAAUGCAAUUCAGCUCCAUUCCAACUCUGAAGCAUAUAUUUCAUCCUCCGCUUUGAUCUUUAUCUGUUCUUUAAUUUCCCAUCUCUGCUCCCUUUCCUCCGCGUUUCCUCUUCCUUCCAUACCUCCCUCCCUCGCUCGUAUGGCUUCCAUUUCUAAGCUCUCCACUCCCAUCUCCGCUCCUUCUCCAUUCUCUUCUCGCAACUCUCGAUCUUCCCUCUCCUCCAACUCCUUUAUUGCCUUCCGCCCCUCUUCCGAUUCCUGCCUCAACCUCUUCGCCUCUAGAUUGUCCGUUCGGAGAUCAUCGCACUUGACGGGCUCCUUGGUUGUCAAGUGUUCCCAAGGUGAUGGAAAUGGAAUCCCGACGAAGAGAACGGUGCUUCAUGAUCUUUACGAAAAGGAAGGACAGUCUCCAUGGUACGAUAAUCUCUGCCGCCCUGUCACCGACUUGCUUCCUCUCAUUUCCAAAGGUGUAAGAGGUGUAACUAGCAACCCAGCAAUUUUCCAGAAAGCUAUUUCAUCUUCAAAUGCUUAUAACGACCAAUUCAGAGAACUCGUUCAAUCGGGAAAAGAUAUCGAAAGUGCAUAUUGGGAACUCGUGGUGAAGGAUAUUCAAGAUGCGUGCAAACUUUUCGAGCCUAUCUAUGAUCAAACAGAUGCUGGUGAUGGCUAUGUUUCAGUCGAAGUAUCUCCGAAGCUUGCUGAUGACACCAAAGGAACUGUUGAGGCUGCAAAGUGGCUACACAAAGUUGUUAGCCGCCCGAACGUGUACAUCAAGAUCCCUGCUACUGCUGCUUGCAUCCCAUCAAUUAGGGAUACUAUUGCAAAUGGCAUAAGUGUCAAUGUCACUCUCAUAUUCUCCGUUGCUCGAUAUGAGGCAGUCAUUGAUGCUUACUUGGAUGGACUUGAGGCCUCGGGUUUGAGCGACCUAUCUAGAGUCACAAGUGUAGCUUCCUUCUUUGUAAGUCGGGUGGACAGCCUUAUCGACAAAUUGCUUGAGAAAAUUGGAACACCGGAGGCCCUUGAUCUGCGAGGAAAGGCUGCAGUUGCUCAAGCAGCCCUGGCUUAUCAGCUCUACCAGAAGAAGUUCUCAGGCCCAAGAUGGGAGGCUCUGGUGAAGAAGGGUGCAAAGAAGCAAAGGCUUCUCUGGGCAUCUACAAGUGUUAAGAACCCCGCAUACCUCGACACCUUAUACGUUGCUCCGCUCAUUGGACCCGACACUGUUUCGACCAUGCCGGACCAAGCUCUUGAAGCAUUUAUAGACCACGGAACUGUUUCGAGGACAAUCGAUUCAAACGUAUCAGAGGCGGAAGGGAUAUACAGUGCACUUGAGAAGCUGGGAAUAAACUGGAGUGAAGUUGGGAAUCAGCUAGAAGUUGAAGGAGUGGAUUCUUUCAAAAAGAGCUUUGACAGCCUGCUUAAUACUCUCCAAGACAAGGCCAACUCCCUUAAAUCGGCCAGCAGCCAUUAAAACUCUUCCCAGUUGAACAUCAUCAAAGUGUGAUGGUGGUCAAGGAGAAAGCUAAUAAAAACUGGGGGAGCCUGUUUUUCCUCUUUUAAAAUGUUUUUUUUCAGACUCUUAUGAUGUAAUAUAUGACGCCUACUCCGAGUUCUUAGCGAUUGAAAUUUUGACGGGUCCUUUAGUAGGCUUCAAUUA